AUGAUUUUUGUAACAACACCUCUUCCAAGUAGUAAAAGAAUAAUCUGGUGGGGCACACCUAAUAGUUCGGAUGUGGAUGGAGAUCCCGGUGGUGGAGGUGAUCCUGACGGUGAUGAUGGACCAGUAGGUGUUAAAUUUGAAAAAACCUAUUGGGCAACAACGACUAUCACAAUAAGACAGAAGGUGAGUGUCUUUGCGAAACCUUAUCAAGAGGAAAAGAGUCUAUAA